AAUUGUAAAUCUCAAAAGUCAGAGAGAGAAAGAAAGGUACGUCAAUAAUUCACUUCCCUUUUCAACUUUCUUCUUCUUCUUCUCUCUCUCACACACACACAAACCCAUCAUCAUCACCGCUGAGAUCUCAGUGACUUUCACAUUUAAAGACAUUGUGUUAGCGGAGAUAAGGAAUUUUUAGAAGAAACUUUAAGCCAUGUCUAGCACGACAAAAGUCUUGGAUCCUGCAUUCCAAGGAGUGGGUCAAAGAUUAGGAACUGAAAUAUGGAGGAUUGAAAAUUUUCAGCCAGUUCCAUUGCCCAAAUCUGAAUAUGGGAAAUUCUACAUGGGAGAUUCAUACAUCAUCUUGCAGACAAGGCAAGGCAAAGGAGGAACUUAUUUUUACGAUUUACACUUCUGGAUUGGAAAGGAUACAAGUCAGGAUGAAGCUGGAACUGCAGCCAUUAAAGCUGUUGAACUUGAUGCAGCUCUUGGAGGACGUGCAGUGCAACACAGGGAAAUUCAAGGACAUGAAUCUGACAAAUUUUUGUCAUACUUUAAGCCUUGUAUAAUACCAUUAGAGGGGGGUGUUGCAUCUGGAUUUAGAAAACCUGAAGAAGAGGAGUUUGAAACACAUUUGUAUGUCUGUAAAGGGAAAAGAGCAGUCAGAUUGAAAGAGGUCCCUUUUGCAAGGUCUUCAUUGAACCAUGAUGAUGUAUUCAUCCUCAACACUCAAAAUAAGAUUUAUCAGUUCAAUGGUGCAAAUUCAAAUAUUCAGGAAAGAGCCAAGGCUUUGGAAGUUAUACAGUUUCUGAAAGAAAAAUAUCAUGAAGGAAAAUGCGAUGUGGCAAUUGUUGAUGAUGGCAAGUUAGACACUGAGUCAGACUCGGGUGAAUUUUGGGUCCUCUUUGGUGGUUUUGCGCCCAUUGGGAAGAAGGUAAUCAGUGAGGAUGAUAACAUUCCAGAGGCAAUUCCCGCUCAGUUGUAUAGUAUCGUUGAUGGUGAGGUCAAGUCUAUUGAAGGUGAACUAUCUAAAUCACUGCUGGAAAACAACCAAUGCUAUUUAUUGGACUGUGGUGCUGAAGUAUUUGUCUGGGUUGGCCGAGUAACACAAGUUGAAGAACGAAAAGCAGCUUGCCAGGCAGCUGAGAAGUACGUUGCAAGCCAAAAUAGACCAAAAUCAACCAGGAUAACCAGGAUUAUUCAAGGUUAUGAAAUACAUUCAUUCAAGUCCAACUUUGAUUCUUGGCCAUCAGGAACUACUAGUAUCGGUGCUGACGAAGGAAGAGGAAAAGUUGCAGCAUUGCUAAAGCAACAAGGUAUGGGUGUUAAAGGAAUGUCAAAAAGUACACCGGUAAAUGAGGAAAUUCCACCAUUGCUUGAAGGAGGUGGAAAGAUGGAGGUAUGGCGAGUCAAUGAAAGUGCGAAGAACCCAUUGCUGAAGGAGGAUAUUGGUAAAUUCUAUAGUGGAGAUUGUUACAUUGUACUGUACACAUACCAUUCUGGUGAGAGGAAAGAAGAUUACUUCUUGUGCUGCUGGUUUGGAAAAGACAGCAUUGAGGAGGACCAAACAAUAUCUACUCAGCUAGCCAAUAAAAUGUCAAACUCAUUGAAGGGUAGACCUGUUCAGGGUCGCAUAUUCGAAGGUAAAGAGCCACCACAGUUUAUUGCUCUUUUCCAGCCCAUGGUAGUCCUUAAGGGAGGUUUGAGCACUGGAUACAAAAAGUUAAUAGCAGAAGACAAUGGUUUACCAGAUGAGACAUACACAUCUGAGAGUAUUGCACUUAUUCGAAUUUCUGGAACUUCUAUUCAUAAUAACAAGGCAGUGCAAGUUGAUGCAGUACCGUCAUCAUUGAAUUCCACUGAGUGCUUUCUCCUGCAAUCUGGCUCUACAAUUUUCAUAUGGCAUGGGAAUCAGUCUUCCUUUGAACAGCAGCAGCUAGCAGCAAAGGUCGCUGAAUUUUUAAGGCCAGGAGUUGCUUUAAAGCAUGCUAAAGAAGGUACAGAAAGCUCAGCUUUCUGGUUUGCACUAGGAGGAAAACAAAGUUAUACAAGCAAGAAAGUUACUAAUGAGAUUGUUAGAGACCCACAUCUGUUUACUUUCUCAUUUAGUAAAGGAAAGUUACAUGUAGAGGAGGUUUACAACUUUUCCCAAGAUGAUUUGUUAACGGAGGAUAUCCUAAUACUUGACACACAUGCAGAAGUGUUUAUUUGGAUUGGUCACUCUGUUGACCCAAAAGAAAAGCAAAAUACUUUUGAAAUUGGCCAGAAAUACAUAGACAUGGCUGCAUCUCUGGAGGGACUAUCUCUGCAUGUACCGUUAUAUAAAGUAACAGAAGGGAAUGAACCUUGCUUUUUCACAACAUACUUUUCAUGGGAUCAUGCAAAAGCUUUGAUUCAGGGAAACUCUUUCCAGAAAAAGGUGUCUCUACUCUUUGGGGUUGGCCAUGCUGUGGAGGAAAAGUCAAAUGGGUCAAGUCUAGGGGGAGCCAGACAAAGAGCAGAAGCAAUGGCUGCCUUAUCAUCUGCGUUUAGUUCAUCAUCGGAGAGAGCAUCCACUAUGUCACAAGAUAGAUUGACUGGGCUAAACCAAGGAGGUCCAAGACAAAGGGCCGAAGCUUUAGCUGCUUUAAACUCUGCAUUUAAUUCAUCUUCUGGGACGAAGACAUAUACUCCUAGGCCAUCUGGAAAAGGUCAAAGAGCUGCUGCAGUAGCUGCUCUUUCAUCUGUUCUUACUGCUGAAAAGAAGAAACCUGAUGUUUCUCAAGUGGAUGGUGGUAGUCCUGUCGCAGAAAGUAGCACUUCUGAAACUGUGAGUGGAAAUGCCCAUUUUGAGAUCGAAAAAGCUGAAGAAGCCAAUGAAACAGAAGAACUCGCCCCUGAAACUGGUAGCAAUGGGGAUUUGGAACCAAAACAAGAAGAUAUGGAUGAUGGUGAUGAUAGUCAAAGUAGUCAAAGGACGUUCAGUUAUGAUCAGUUAAAGACUACAUCUGGUAAAAAUGUGCCUGGAAUUGAUCUUAAGCGUAGAGAGGCUUAUUUGUCGGACGAAGAAUUUGAAACUGUGAUUGGAAUGGUAAAAGAUGCAUUUUAUAAGUUGCCAAAAUGGAAGCAAGACUUGCUGAAAAAGAAAUUUGAAUUGUUUUAGACACAAUGAGUGACAUAUCUGCUUCUUUAACUAAUCUGCCUUUCCUUGGUUAUCUUGAAAUGCACUUAUCUGGUGGAUAGUGUGGUUUUAUUAGUAUAUACCAUGGUCGAUGCAUAGCGUUUUGCUUUCGGCCAUAAUGGACAUAGCUGUGGUUAGUAUCCAAGUUUGAAUGUGAUGCUGCAUGGAGAGUGAGUUUUGAUUUCUCCUUUUAGUUGCUGCUGUCUCUUGCAAUGUUUUCAUUUUGUAGCAAUGAAGAUACUAGGCAGUGGACCGGUCCGAUUCUUUCAUUUUGUGAAGUAUAUAUUCUAAACGUGGUUUUCUUUUCGUGUUAUUGGUUAGAAAUGCGGGUGUAUAUGUAUGCAUUUUAUACUUUUUUUUUUGGUAACAUGCAUUUUAUACUGAAUCCCAUUAUAAUGGAAAACAAAAAAAAGUGUUAUUUUUA